AUGGUUUCCUUCCUACAGUGCUCUGGGUUCAUGCGCCGGGGUGGGGAGUCGUUCCGUGCCUUAAGCACACUGCCUUCUGGGCGUUCCGGGGACCAGCCACGGGCUUGUUCAGGGGACUACACCUGGCGCCAGGGGACCCACACCGCUUGCCCGGGGGACCCACACCCGCUCCCGGGGUUCACACCGGCCUCCCGGGGACCCACCGGGCCGCCCGGGGACCACAACAGGCCUCCCGGGACCACAGACCGCCGCCCGCGGGACCAGCAACCGCCUCCCAGGGGACUUCAACACCGGCUCCCGGGGACCCACACGCCGCGGGGGACCACGCCGCCCGGGGGACCCGUAACCUGGCUCCGGGGGACACACCCGCCUCCGGGGACCAACGCCGCCCGGGACCCACCGCCGCCAGGGGACCCACACCGCCUGCCGGGGGACCAGCACCCCGCCUUGCCCCGGGGCGCACAAGAAGCCGCCCAGGGGACCCAACCGCUCGCCCUGGGGGACCCCACACCGCGCCCGGGGGACCCACACGCCGCCCGGGGACUCCCACACGCGCCGCCCUGGGGACCACACCGCCGCCCGGGGGACAGCACCGCGCGGGACUCACACCGCCGCCAGGGGAGCCCCACCGCCUCCCGGGGGACCCACAUCCGGCCCCCGAGCCCGCGGGGAACCACAACGCUCCCGGGGGACCCCAGCCUCCCGGGGGACCCACACCGCCUCCGGGGGACCGCACACCGCCGCCCGGUGGGACCCUACACCUGCCUGUUCCGGUGGACCCACAACCGCUUUGCCCAGUGGACAGACCCGCUCCCAGGUGGACCCACACCGCCGCCCGUGGGGACCACGACACGCCGCCCGGGACCACACCGCGCCGGGACACACACCGCCUCCAGGGACCCACACGGCGCCCGGGGGACCACACCUGCGCUCCCGGGGACCCACACCGCGCCCAGGGGACCCACACCUGGCGCCCAGGGGACCCACACCGCCUCCGGGGAACCCACACCGCGCCUGGGACCACACCGCCGCCCACGGGACCCACACCGCGCCCGGGGGACGCCCAACACCGCCGCCCAGGGGACCACACGCCGCCCGGGGGACCCACACCGCCCCAGGGACCCACAGCCGCCUCCAGGGGACCCACCGCCUGCCCAGGGACCACACCGUCGCCCCGGGGGACCGCACACCGCCGUCCCAGGGAAAUCCGCCUCCCGUGGGGACCACACCGCUUCCCGGGGAGCCCACACCGCCUCCCGGGGACCACAACCGGCCGCCAGUGGGACCCACACCCCUUGCCAGGGACCCACACCGGCUUUCCCAGGGACCACACGCUUCCGGGACCCACACCGUCCCGGGGACCCACACCGCCGCCCGGGGACCCACACCGCGCCGGGGACCCACAACCGCCUCCCGGGGACCCACACCGCGCCCGGGGACCCACACCUGCCGCCCGGGGGACAACGCCGCCGCCGGGGGACCCACAAUCCGCCUCCCUGGGGACCCACAGCUGAUUUGCCGGGGACCCAACGCCCCCCGUGGACCACACCGCCGCCAGGGGACCUCACCGGCUUCUUCGGUGUUGUGUCCCCGUCCGGCCCCGAACGAGCGCCUGCUGCCGCUCCCGGCUCGAGGGCGAGGCGCGAAAUGAAGGGAAGAAAAGGCGUGUUGACCUUACCGCUGAAGACGCCCCUGGACCGGAAUAAGGCUCCACGUGCAGUCUUCGUCUGGCAGGAUACAGGACACGAAACGGCGGCCAAAGGGAAAUAA